AUGGAUUCAGGAUCCAGUCUAUUGGAUGAUGAGUAUGAUGACGGAUGUAAGCCUCCGACUUCAAUCGAUGAAGAUGGUCCUCUAGAUUAUCUAGAUGCUCUGGAAGCUGAGUUCCCCCACGUCAAUGAAGGUGCGAAAGUCUUGAAUCCUGGAUCCCUCAAACCUCUCCCUGGCCCUCCCCGCGAGCCGGAUGAUUUCAGGUAUCCUGAAGACAAUGGACUCCCUGCUUUAGCGAUUCGUGUCCGAGAUGGGCUGUUGUUUGCUGUGAAUCAUUGA